UUUAUCAGGCCUAGCCAAUACGUAAAAGUUAAGAUAUUUGAAUUUGGCGCCAAUUGGUGUUGCCAGAUAGCUUCAAAUCCAAAAGACAUUUCGUUCCGAACGACGCUAAGUUGGCUGCAGUUGAAGUUUUUGUUUUUAUUUUGCCGGGAACUAAAAUCGAAAACUACUAUUAACUGGCGCAGAAUAGCCAUGAAUCUGUUCGAGGAGCUGGACACCCUGGAUCCGUCAGCGAAGCUAGUGCCACCGCGGCUCGAGCCGCCCACGGCUCACAAAAUUACGAUGCUGAUACUGCUAAAACAAUACGUGAUCAACAAAAAGACAUGUUUGGAUACUGGGAUAUCCAUGGCCACCAAGCGGCGACGCAUGUUCUAUAUGCUCAUCUUCAAACUGAUUCAGGAAGCGGACAAGACCUACAGCGAGCUCCACAAUUUACUGACCACUGGAAAAUACAGAUUGGAUCCCCUGAUGUUGGAGGCCUUUGAGAAAGCCAUGUCGGAGUUUUGUGCAGGCAGCAUUGAGGUGCUUUUCGACUUUGCAGAGAUCCAGAACAUCGACGAGAUUCUGAAUGAGAAUUAUGGGAUAAGUCAGUUCAGUAUGGUGGGUGUUUAUAUUCGCCGAGUGGGUGUUGUCCUUGAACGCCUUAGUUUCGCGGAGAUGAUGGAUAUGUAUAAGAACAUUUGCUCAUAUUACGAACGUGGGGUUCGAGCUGUUGCCUCCGGCACCAGAAAAGCGGUUGCUGGUGGAAUCCUACACCGCGAAGAAACACCGCCGCCCGUGCCCGCGGAUACUGACAAGUCGGGACUAAAGGAGAAGGAUAAUUCUUUGACUGGGUAUUUGGUCGAACGGAAUACCUUGAGCAGAUGGGCGCCCAAACAGGCAAAGUUUUUCAUCAACAAGCAAUCUGAAUUGCUGGAGAGUAACGAAAGAAAAGCCCUUCCGCCCAUGGAAUUGCAGAAAAAAGUCCAGGAGAUCAUCAGAGACCUUCCACUCACAACAACUCCUUAUUUCCUGGGGUACAUGAACCAGCUGCGGGUAAGGGACUAUUAUAAUGCACUGAACGCACUUCACAGAGCAUUAGACAGGAGUCCGGUCAGACUGAUGGGCCAGGAGAAAGGAUACCAGUACUUUUGCGUAAAUCUAGCAGUGCUGCAUGCCACCUUUGGCCAUCGAGAUGAGGCGCUGGCUGCCCUCAAGGAGAGCACAAUGUUGGCCCAGGAACAUAGCGAUAAAAGCAGUCUGAAUUUAGCCAACACUUGGUACUGUCUCUUGAGAGAUGAGCUGCCCCUAUCUGCGAUUCAAAAGAGCGUGCAGGAAGCCAGUGAAGUGGAUGGAUCUUUGCUUCAAAACUACACCCUGGCAUUGCACUUCGCCGUAAAACUGGGAACUGUGGCGGGCUAUCAGCCUCUGAAACUCUUCGAUCUCCUUCAGCGCAGUGAUAAUCUGACCAACCGCAACAACUUUGCAGAUCACGCCUCAGAUGCUUUGGCGUUGAGAAGUGCAGUUUGGUGCGCGUACGGACGGCACGAAUUGGCUGCCCUUUACUCCCAGGUUCUCUUAUCAGUCAGAGAUCGGUCUGAAAACUGUUCAGCUGGCUUAGGUAGUGCUUUGUCUAGCUACGCUCUGUGGCUUCAACUGCAAGGAGAAUCUCAACUGGCCAAGGUGCUGCUCCAGCAGGCGAAAGAACGUUUUCCGCGAUUGCCCAGCGCCGAAGGUUGGAUGAUCAGUCAGUGUCAUGUGGUCAUCCAAACUGGAAUUUAUCAGUGCCGUUGGCACGAUGCCUUAAAAGCCUGUGAUCAGCUUUACCUUCUGGAUGCCUCAGACGCGCUGAUGCAACGAGCUUCUAUUUACGUAGCCAAGCGGGAGUUCUUCAAUGCUCGGAGACUGCUGGACAAGCUAGCCACCAAGGAUCAGCUGCCGUUCCUUCUGCGAAUGCGCGUUCAAGUAUUGCUCGGCUAUUGCAGCAUGGCAGAUGGGCGCUUCUCGAGCGAGACCACCAUGCUUUUGCUGCGUGUUGCUGAAAACAUGGCCGAAUGCCAGAUGGACUACGAAUUGGCUUUGGUGGACUUGCUGCUGGCACAACAGCUACUGCUCCUCGGUCUUCCGCAGAAGGCCUAUCAGGCCAUUAAGAGGUGCAUGCACGACAUCCACAUCAACGGCGGACUGUACGAAAGAGCAAAGUCAGACUUUGUAUUUGUACGCUGCCUGCUGGCGAUCACUCCCAACAAUGUGGAGCAGCGCAAGGCGCAACUCCUCAAGUCUUUGGAUAUCCUAGAGCGUGCCGCUCAGUCCUUUAAGAAACUUUCGGCCCACGCCAAAGUCCUGGAUGUGUAUGUGUUCCUGGCGCAGCGAUUCAAUGAGUUUGGGGAGCGCAAUUUGAGAAACAAGUACGCUGGCGAAUUCAGGCGCUACUUUACAGAUCACCCAAUUCCAAGAGAAUAUCUCAGUAGUCCGUAGUAAGUAGAUGUAGAAACAGAGUUUUUAGUUUCUGCCCCGAAAUAACUUAAGAUCCCAUUCUUUUGCUGAAAAAUCCAUCAAAUAUUGUUACCAACAGACAUCGGUUGAACUUUUAACUCUUAAUAAACGAAUAUUUAUUAAUUGGUUUAAACCAUA